UCCGUCUGCAGCUCCUGGCCCUUCUCUAUCGCAGACACGGUCCAGCCGUUGGCGUUGCGGGUCUGGAGGCCCUUCGUGGCCGUGAGCGUGGCUGGUGCUUCCUGGGUUACCGAGCUGCUUUGGACUUUCUUUGUUCCCAUCACUGUUUAUCAAGUAAGGUGGCUUCCAUCUGUGUGCAGACGAGCCGAGGAGACCCGGGAAGAGUUUGCCCUGCGGGUUCAAGAGCUUCUAGCUUUGGAGCUCGGCGUGGUGUCUACGUGUCUCACAGCCGCCGACAAGGCAGAGCAUCUGAAGCGUCUCCGCCACAACCCUCCAGCUUCCCGUCCUCCCCCACCUCUAAGCCAGCCCGCUGGGGGCCGGCCUCAAGCCUCCCGCAGCGCGGGCUCUACAGAGGAUGUACGCUUGAUAGGCAUGGCUCAGCGUGUCCAAGAAGUCCUGCCCCACGUGCCUAUGGCAGCCAUCCGCAAGGACUUAGCUCAAACUAACUGCGUGGACGCCACAAUUGCCAAUCUUUUGGAGGGGCGAGUUCCCUUCGCACCCGAGGCAGAGACUGAAGAUUUUUCGGCUGCGGCUCCAUCCUUCUAUGGCACUCAGUGUCCUUCCACCUCCCAAAUAGCCCCGGCAACGGGGAAGGUCUUUGCCAGGUCUGCGGAAGUGAGGCACCUCUCUCUCCAGGAACGAAAGCAAGCGCUCUGGGACUAUGCCAGGAGGAGAUACAAGGAGAAGUACGGAAUGGCCCACGCUGAGGGGGGCUGCUGACCAGUGCACGUUGUAUCUUGAACUUGUGGCUCAGUUAACAAUGGGUCUUUGUGGGAUCGCUGCUCUCCUGGGGUGACCGUGGUGGCAAUUCUCGACAAGUAUUGCGUGUGCCGUCCAUGGGCUGUCUCUGCAGACAAGGAGGCUGUAUCUCCAGCCAAGGGGAGGCUCUCGGCCCGCCUCUAUUUUCCAUCACCACGCCUGGACCUAGCAUUGUUAGGCCCAGGAGCCUGCACCAGUGGGGGGGGCGGGGGACUUUAAAUAUCAAAAUAAACAUGACUCUUAGUGCUCA